UCUCGCACUGCUGUUUGGAUUCAGCAUCUCUCAACAUUGGACCUAAUUGUCCUUGCAUUUUUAAAUCUUAAUUUUUGAUUUUCUUAUUCCUCCUUCAAUAGCUAUAUCGUUUCCUCAAUUUGUUUUCCUGCUUAAACUAUAAGCAUUCAGGUCCCACACCGGAUAAACAAGAUGACCUACGAAAUUAAAAGUUUGGCUGGUCGCCAGCUGUUUUGGAAAACCCUUUUUGAAGAGAAGCAGUUGGCACCUCAACUUGCCACGCUAGCGACUGAUCAUGUCGAUGGCAUCACGUACGAUGACAUACCCAAGUACGGCACAUUGCACGUCAAAGUGGAAUCCGGCUCAACUUUGGGCGAUAAUUUCCAAAGCGACACCUUCAUUGUAACGGCACGGUUGAUGCAACGUGAUGGCGAAGACAUCCCAAAUAACUUAAGUACCUUUAUCAAGGUGCUGCCGUCGAAUUUCUUACUUCGGAAAUCAGUUCACGAAUCACGCGUCCAUCAUCGGGAAAUCAACAUGUAUCACCAUUUCUUCAAUUCACUGAGAGAAAUGCACGCCGAUCACCCGAUUCCGCUGGAUGUUCCCGAUGUUUACUACACCCAUAUUGAGGAAAUAGUCCCAGGAGAGACGGAUGGAUCAGGAAUUUGUACCCUCCUCGAGGAUCUCAAAGCUGAGGGUUAUCGUAUGGCCGAUAAAGUGGAAGGUGCCGAUUAUCGACACUGUCACAUGGCCCUGACUUCACUGGCCCAUUUCCACGCCUUGACGAUUAGUGCGGUGAGAAAGUGGAAGGAUCCGGCAACUGGCAAACUAUCCAAUAUUCCCCCGAUGGCCAAAUUUCUUGUCGAAGAAAAAACUAUGUACGAUGUGGGAAUCAUUAAAAUCAUUUCAGACUUUUCCGUGUCUAUCGUCGAUUUUCUAAAAGAUAUCAAAAGGCCCGAUCUAGUUGAGUGGGUGUCGAAAUUUACAUCUCAAAUGUCUGAGGUCGUCCUAGUCGAUACGUUGGAGAGCAGCGGCCCAUUGGCUUGUGUCGUUCACGGAGAUUAUUGGAACAACAACAUGUUGUUCAAAUACGCAGAUGGACUGACUAAUAUCCCAGUCUCACUGCGAAUGCUCGACUUUCAAAUCUCGAGGAUCGGCCAUCCACUCAGCGACGUCCUCUAUUUCCUGUACACGAGCACCUUGCCGGAAACGAGACAAAAGUACAUGCUGAUUUUGCUUCGUUACUAUUUCGACACGUUGACGGCCGAUUUGCGUUUGCUCGGCAUCCCCCUCGAAGAUUACAACUGGGAAGACUUUAUGGCCGAUUACAAGAAACGAUCCUUGAUGUGGAUGUUCAUGUCCACCAUGGUCGUUUCCAUGACUCAAAACAAAAAAGUUGUUACCAGUUUAAAGGAUUUGGAUGCUGAGGAACAACUAAAAGAUCCCAAACCAGAAGACGAGGUCGUGGAACCGCCAGUCAUUGGUGAAAGCGGAAUGAGCGUGGAAAUGGAGGAAACUUACAAGAACAUGAUGAAAACGUUCGUAUUGAGUGACAGUCCAAUUUUAUCGGACCGGAUUAUGAAACUCAUUGAAGAAGUUUACCAUCUAAAUAAUUAAUCGUUCGUUUUGGGGUAACCCUUGGUCAAGGGACUUUUAUUUUCUUUUGUUGGGACAAACCAUUUUAUUAGAUUAUUUUCUCAGCUUUUUAAAGAAAGGAUAAGAUAAUGGAAAUGACGAUGCAGUUUUAUAUUGUGUACCAAAUGUUCGGUGAGCUUAUACAUCACUUUCUCUUU